GGUCCUCCGCUCCAGUAGAUGUCGCUGUAACUCUGUUUAAGCUCUGCAUGAGCUGCCUGCGGCAACAGCAGGAACAAGACGUAGGUGAGCGACAUAACCGUAUGAAGGGUUUUGCUACUUGAGACAAGUUCUUGGAGUCACGAUUGAGUAACAGUACCGAGAAAAGGCUUUAAAUUGUCUCAGUAUGAGAAUAAGGCUCGUGCUUACACUUUAAAAACAUCACCCGCCGAUGGCAGGAGUUGUUUUUGCCAGCAACGCUAAACACCGUUUGUUCCGAUACAACUAUGCGUAAUUUCCCCACACUGUAGUGGUUUUAAGAUGCCCGGGGAGUCUGUGCACAAAAGUGCGCCAUUCGCUUCCCGUUCUGGCCUCACCUCCGUCUUCAUAGGAGCUGAAGUUGUGCAGGAACCGUUCGGUCGUGACACCAUCUGAAAAUGUCUCAGCUCUGGAGCAGCUCCGGUCCGCGUCUAACCGGUUUCCUGUGCGUUUUAUUGGUCGUUUCUGCUCACGCGAGCCGCGAUGCUGUUUCGGGAAACAACGAGACGUGGGGAAGCCCAGCCCGAGCGACACAGGGGGAUCCGCACCACCAAAACAGCUCCACUACACAUAGAAAGGCUUUCCCCGUUCUCUCCUUCAACUACGACCACGUCAAGACGCCCUUUGAGAUCUCGUUAUGGAUCCUCUUGGCCCUGCUGAUGAAACUCGGUUUUCACAUUAUUCCCCGAGUAUCAAGCAUUGUCCUGGAGAGCUGCCUGCUGAUUGUCGUUGGUCUGCUGAUAGGCGGCAUCAUCAAGGCCAUCAAACAGACAGCCCCUGUCCUCGACUCCAAGCUCUUCUUCCUCUACUUGCUGCCUCCCAUCAUCCUCGAUGCCGGCUACUUCCUUCCCAUUCGGCCCUUCACAGAGAACAUGGGCACCAUCCUGGUGUUCGCUGUGGUGGGUACGCUAUGGAACGCCGCCUUCAUCGGCGGAAUGAUGUACGGUGUUUGUCAGAUCGAGGGAGCUCAGCUGGGCCAUGUGGACCUGCUGUCCUGUCUGCUGUUCGGCGCCAUCAUCUCAGCUGUGGACCCCGUCGCCGUCCUGGCUGUGUUCGAGGAGAUCCACAUUAACGAGCUGCUGUACAUCCUCGUGUUCGGGGAGUCGCUACUCAAUGACGCUGUCACUGUGGUUCUCUAUCACCUGUUUGAGGAGUUUUCCCACGCUGGGAUUGUGACUGUAGGCGACGCCUUCCUCGGUGUGGUCUGUUUCUUUGUGGUUUCCUUGGGGGGCGUCAUGGUGGGGACCAUCUAUGGCAUCCUGGGGGCCUUCACUUCCCGUUUCACCUCUCACACUCGCGUCAUCGAGCCCCUGUUUGUCUUCCUCUACAGCUACAUGGCCUACCUCUCUGCAGAGGUCUUCCAUUUGUCAGGGAUCAUGUCGUUGAUAGCGUGUGGCGUGACGAUGAGGCCAUACGUGGAGGCCAACAUCUCCCACAAGUCAUACACCACCAUCAAAUAUUUCCUGAAGAUGUGGAGCAGCGUGAGCGAGACGCUCAUCUUCAUCUUCCUGGGUGUUUCCACGGUGGCCGGUCCUCAUGCCUGGAACUGGACCUUCGUCAUUUUCACAGUCAUCCUCUGUUUGGUGUCCAGAGUGUUGGGAGUGAUGGGUCUCACAUACAUCAUCAAUAAAUUCCGUAUUGUGAAGCUGACCAAGAAGGACCAGUUCAUUGUGGCUUACGGUGGCCUGCGAGGUGCCAUAGCCUUCUCCCUGGGCUUCCUGCUCACCAACAACGAGAUGAAGAACAUGUUCCUCACAGCCAUCAUCACGGUCAUCUUCUUCACAGUCUUUGUGCAGGGAAUGACGAUCCGACCUCUGGUGGAGCUCCUUGCGGUGAAGAAGAAGGAGGAGAGCAAAACUUCAAUUAAUGAGGAGAUUCACACACAGUUCCUGGAUCAUCUCCUCACGGGAAUUGAAGACAUCUGUGGACAUUAUGGACACCAUCACUGGAAAGACAAGUAUGACNNNNUCAACAAGGCCUACGUGAAGAGAUGGCUGAUCGUAGGUGAGCGCUCCACAGAGCCUCAACUCAUCUCGUUCUACAACAAAAUGGAGAUGAAACAGGCCAUGAUGCUGGUGGAGAGCGGGAGCGCCGCCAAGCUGCCCACGCUCAUGUCGGCCGCCACCUUGCAGAAUAUCCAGCAGAAAGGAGUGCCCAGCCGACGGGCCAUACCGAGCAUCUCGAAGAGUCGUGAGGAAGAGAUCAGGAAGAUCCUACGAGCCAACCUGCAGAAGACCAGACAGAAGCUUUAUUCCUACAGGAGACAUGACCUGGUGAUGGACCCCUUCGAGGAUAAUGUGAGUGAGAUUCGCUUCAGGAGGCAGCGAGCAGAGAUGGAGAAGAGGAUGAGUCACUACCUCACCGUCCCUGCAAACCGCCAGGAAACACCAUCUGUAAGAAAAGUCUGCUUUGAACCAGAAAACAAGGUGUACACUUACGAUGACAGUGAGAGUCCCAGAGGCCGGGCAGCUCAGCCGAGUCCCAGAUUACCUGAUGCCAUUAGCCUGCUGAGCAAAUCACCCCAGAGGCCCAAUCAGACCAGCGCAUUGCGUGCCAAAGGGAGCACUGAGCUGAGGGCGAAAGCACCAGAUGAGCAGGAGGAGCAGGACCAAGUGAAGCUAUCACGCUGCUUUAGUGACCCCGGUCCGAACGAGGAAGAGGAAGAGGACGGCUCUUUCCUCUCAUGAUAAAGCACAUAUCUAAAGAACUCGAAAGAUGAGAAUGAAUUUGUCUGUCUUCUGUUGUCGUCUGUUGCAUCCUCAAAGUGAAGAUCCCUGAAUGAACGGGAUUUGUAGCUAUGCUUAUUUAUAAUUUUUUGUGUUUUUCAAGUUAUGUGAACUGAUUUUCCAUUAUUUUGUUGUUUUUGCAAGUUCAGAUAUUUUUUUGAUAUAUAAUAUCAAAGCAGAGAUCACUGGCCUGUUGCGAUUACAUGAUUGUAUGUCUGAAGUGAGAAAAGUGUCCACAUUGUGUCCCAACAUGAAGACUUGCAUCAGAUUGUACUAAAAGACAGAGCACUUGUUUUAACAAGUUUGAAGCACCACAUGGGUGGAGUUAACCCUUUCAAAGCACAGUAUAAGAAAUGCUAUAAAGCAGAGUCUGUGUGAUACAUUGUCCAGUAUUAUCACAGUUGGAUUGGGUGUAUAUGUUGGCUGAUGCGUUACGAGAAACUGCAGUAGAGAAAUCCAAAGAUGUGUUUUUGAGAUCAUUUAAAAAAGUGUCACCAAUAAUCUUCCAGACAACUCAAGGUUGGUUUUAUCCUCUGACACCGCCCUCCACAGAGCCAUGCAGCUACAGUCUUUUGUUACAAAUUUGUGAUCCAGACCAAAAUGUCUUUGCAACUGUUGGACAGAUUGCCAGGAAAGCCUGUACAGACCAUCCCCCCAGGAUGAAUUCAAGUGACUCCAGUGAUCCCAUGACUUUUGUUCUUGCACCUCCAUGAGGUUGACAUUUGUGAUUUUGAGAAAGAUGUCUUAACGAAGGGUGGACGGAUUACCGCGAAAUUUGGUGCACACAUCCAUGUAAACCUCUGAAUGAACUUGCAAUGAUAUUAGUGAUGACUGCUUUUCCAUCUUGCGCCAUCAUCAGACUUUAAAUUGGUGCAUUACUUGUUGACAUUCCUAUCAGCCUCAGCUGUAGCCAACUUUGUAUUUAGUGGUAACUAGUAAAUGUUAGCAUGCUAAACUAAGAUGGUGAUUAUAGUAAACAAUACUUUCUCUGCAUUAGAAUGUUAGCAGUGUCAGCAGGUUCACGUUAGCCUUUAGCUCAAAGCCCCAGCCCAGAGCCGCUAGCAUGGUUGUGAAGUCUUCGUCUUGUUGCUUAAUGCGCACUAUAUUCACUGACUGGGAGAUUCUGAAACAUAGCACAUGCUUUUAACGUGGAAGGAACAGUGUUAAAAAUGUGUAGAUUUAUCUGCAAACUAAAACUUUCUCUUUGAUUUGAGUGACACUUUCCCCUCUUUAGAUCUUGUUUUUGUUUUGUCACUCUACCAUAUUUGUAUCUGCUCCAACAGUCCUCAUCAGUCUAUACUUUUAAUUGUAAAAUGUACAUGAGAAUAUAAUCUCUGGUGAAAGACAACUUACUUUAAAGUGUUCAGAUACCCUCGUGAAACAAAAACACCAAUCUGGUGAUACUAAAAUAGCUUAAAAUUCAAGAACAAACUGCAGAUAUUGUUUGACCGAAGCCCGUGUACAACCUUAGCACUGACUGUAUUUAACAUCACUGCAUGACUGAUCGAUGUUUUUCUCAGGGACUGCAACACAGCACAGUAUUAACAGUGUUUCCAUCUAAAUUGUGCUCCUCAGUGAUCUGUUUGUAAUGUGACUGUUUUCUAGGUUAAAGUGUUUCAACUGCCAGAGCUUCUGUAACAUUCCCACAGUGAUCGGGGUUGUCUACUUGGUCGGAGUAAACAUGGAGUUGCAUCUUAGCAUUUUCAAAACAAAGCUCUAUAUGUGUUUUGUGAACUGAACAUGCUUCAAGAUUUGUGCUGGGAGAUUAAAGAGACUGAAUCAACUUUUCAUAUCUGCACUACAUAGCACUGGGCUGCCAGAGUGUUGACUGCCUGCACACGUUUGCCUUAAAAUGCUUUUGUUUUUGUGUGUUUGCCAGCUGAUGUUUUAUAACUUGAAAAAAAAGUGCUGAAGUCAUAAAUAUUUGUCAAAUGAAAAAAAGCUUUAAUUCUUGUCUAAAAUAAAUGCUUUG